AUGACUUCGUUAGACUUCAUUGACUCCUUCAGCCCGGCCCAGGAGCACUUUCUAAGGAAAGCUCUCUUGGAGAGCUGCGUGAAAAAGGAGCUUCAUUGGCUCUCGGUGCCCAAUUCGGUGCUGCUUUUGGGUCCUCCGUUCAGACUGAUCAACCCUCCAAAGGGCAUAGAUAUGCCUAUUCUCAGGCAUUUUUACUUGAACUACGUCAAGACGUUCCCCUUGAUCGCCAGUAAUCCCGAAAUGGACCAGAUUGAGUUCUGGCGAGACACCGUGCAUCCGUUUGUGGACAGCUUCAACGAAAAGAGGAUCCUGGACUCCAUUGAAAGAAAGGAGCUGAUCACCAAGCGCCACCAGAUCAACACUCGGCUUCUGCUGUUGCUUAUUCUAUUCUACAACUCGAUGAUUGUGAGCGAAAAGGAGUUCCAGUACUUGGACAGCGACCACCUCAAGGAUUCAGAUAAGGGCAAGCUCGAUAAGCUCAGCAGGAAUCCGAAUGCAGCACACCAGAGUUUUGAUGCUUUCCAGGGCACGAGAUCGCUCAAAGACUACGACCAUAUGGUUUACUCGAACAACAUCAACGUGAACAUUGUUGCUGUGGAUUUGAUUAAUGUGGAUGCAAACGCAGCCAAGGGAGGUUGGCUGCAAUUAUGGAAACCAGUGGAGCAGAAACGGAAGCUGCAUUACCUUUUUGUGUUGCAGGUGACCACCAGAGAGGGUGCCAAUGGAAGCUACACCUACACAUCCCACUUCAUCAGCAAACUGUACCUGGACUUCAAGAGACUCGAGACCGAUCUCAAGAAAAAGUAUCCUGGUUUGAUGACCACCGACAUUACGAAAUUGCCCAGGAAAUUGAAGCACGACGGGGGCCAUGCUGACGACGAUGACGGAGAAAGAGGCUCUCUGCUGGAUAGUUCGAGGUCGCUGGCUUCCAAGGCUACAAAGGCCGAUCUCAAGUACCAAAGGGAAAAGUUGCGUUUGGCCCUUCGUGGGUAUAUUGCCACGCUUUUGGCUAAACCGGAAAUCGCCCACUGUGACGUUCUCCGUGCUUUUUUGAGCGACCCUAAACGCAACUUCCAGAAACUUCUGCCCUCACAGGAGGAGGACUAUGCGCUGAGAAUGGAGCUUGAAAAGCGCCGUCUCAUGACACAGAUUGAGUUUCAGGAGGAAACCGCCAAGUCCGUCUACGAGCUCUCGAAAAGAUUUGAACAGUUCAAGGCAGAGCUUUUGGAGAAGCCCGAGCUGCUCAGUCAGAUCUUUGAAGAGUUCAGUAAAACACAGUCGCUUGAGGAGGUUUCGCCGCUUCUACGGACCUUCUUCGAGUGGUGCAAGUUGGAAAUAGCUGCCACUCUCUACCAGGUUUUCCUUUCACAGGACAACUCUAGUGAGUGGUUCAGAAAGUGCCUCAAGUUCCACAAGAUGUUUCCCUACAGCGUGUGCUACGGCAUCCUCAAGUACACCAACCCGGUGAAGGUGAUGACACGCAUGGUGGACGUUCUUCUUGUGAGCAUGCCUACGGUAAGUGUUCCAUGGGCAUCGAGCGAAAAGAAAAAGGUGAACAACUUGCUUUCGAUGAUUUUCGUGAUGUUGUUGGACGAGGAUCUCCAGGACUACCUGAAGGAGCGGGCCAAGUUGCUUGAGGAGGCUCCUUUGAACGAUCCAGCUUUCCAGCCUUUCAUCGAACGUAUCACCAGCUAUGUUUCCUCGCACGAUGUGGAGGUGGCUGACGAGAUCAAGGAGGAGAGUUUGGCCAAGGAUGAGCACCUUUUGAUGACGAUUUUCCAGACCAGCAAGCUCGAGCCGAAGCUUUCCGCCAGGGACAUUGAAACAUUCAAAAAAGUGGAAGCAGCGUAUGUCAAAUACCAGUCGAUGGAAGAACACAAGCAGGCCGACGAAGCAGCGGCUUUUGUGGCUCUUCAGCAGCUCUGGCAGUUGGAGGUGCGUUCCCGAGACAAGGAGCUCAUGAAGCAGCUCUGGAAAGAGCCCGAGUUGACGAAACUCAUCAAGAAAUUCCUCGUUGUUUUCUACAACCCGCUCAUGACAGUGAUGAAGCAAUGCGGGAUCCACACGGCGUUCCGAGACUUCCAGACCUUCAUGGACGACCUCAUGGCCGAGCUCAAGGAGCUUGACGAGGGCGGUAUUUACUUCACGUCGCCAGUGGAGAUCUUCAACCGGUUCAAGGCGCUUCUAAACAAACACGAGCGGUCCUUCUGGCGGAUCCUCCGCGACCUCUACUUGAAAGACGACAAGAAGAUUUUCCACGGGCUCAUCACCUGGAUCGAGAGUUUCCUAGUUGCGCUUCGCCGCAAGAACAUUGCGCCCGAGCUGGUGAUGGUGGAUUUCGGCAAAAUGGCGCCGCAAGAGCCGGUGGAUCCUGGGCUUUUGGAAAAACAAGUAAACAACCGCAUGGAAGCCACGAUGGAAAAGAGGAGGAUUAUACGAGAGUACCUCGAGAAGCAAGCCCACAAAGAUGAGGAAACAGAGGGCGUGAGCAAAGACCAAGCCGCGAUUAAUGCACGGUGGGAAAAACUCAACAACGGCGUGUUUGAGGUUGACAACGGCGGGCUUGGAUUUGACGGCGAAGACUACGACGAGCUAGAACUCGCCAAAUUGGGCGAUCUUGAAAAAGGCGAUCAGGAAGCGCAGCUUCUUCUCAGGGACCUUGCACGGUUUGACAAGGCCAUGGAUCAGAAUGUGCUGGAGAUUGAAAAAGUGGCGCCGUGCAUGCAUUUCCAGAUCCACGAGAUUUUGGACGCUCUCCCGAUGGACCCCCGGCUUGAGCAAGCGACAAAGCGACUCUCCAAAAAUUGA